CAACAACCUCAAGAAGACACCAUGCCCACCCGGUUCUCCAAGACUCGCAAGCAUCGCGGCCACGUUUCCGCCGGUCAUGGUCGUAUUGGAAAGCACCGCAAGCACCCAGGUGGUCGCGGUCUCGCUGGUGGUCAGCACCACCACCGAACCAACUUUGACAAGUUCCAUCCUGGUUACUUCGGAAAAGUUGGUAUGCGAUACUUCCACCUGACUCGCAACCAGUACUGGCGUCCAAUCAUCAACGUCGACAAGCUGUGGAGUUUGGUGCCGGAGGAGGAGAAGAAGGGCUUGACUGCCGACUCAGACGUCGUCCCUGUGAUCGACACCCUGCGAUUCGGCUACGGCAAGGUUUUGGGCAACGGAAAGCUGCCAAAACUCCCAUUCAUCGUCAAGGCACGAUUUGUUUCACAAAAGGCAGAGGCCAAGAUCAAGGAGGCUGGUGGUGUCGUCCAACUUAUUGCAUGAUCGUCUCUCUGUUAUUUCGCAUGUUUUCCGUACGCAUUAUGAACC